CGCUGUAGUUUUCUCGCAAACGUGGCGUUUGUUUCGAGAAGAACAAAACAGACGUUUCCGUUCGGCGGCAGCGCGUGUGCGAAUGUUAGACGUUUGUAAUAAAGUUUUGAUCCAACACAUUUCUCGUUGAUCAGACUCGUUUCUCGCAAGUCGUUCCUCUCAGCGGCUGACAUGGUGAAGCUGACGGCAGAGCUAAUCGAGCAGGCGGCGCAGUACACGAACCCUGUGCGGGACAGAGAGCUGGAUCUCCGCGGCUAUAAGAUCCCAGUGCUGGAGAAUCUGGGCGCCACACUCGAUCAGUUUGAUACCGUUGAUCUGUCGGAUAAUGAGAUCAGAAAACUGGAUGGAUUUCCGCUUCUGAAGAGACUCAAAACACUCCUGAUGAACAACAACCGGAUCUGCCGAAUUGGAGAGAACCUGGAGCAGUCUUUACCAGACCUGAAAGAGCUCAUUCUCACAAGCAACAACAUUCAAGAACUGGGUGAUUUGGAUCCUCUUGCAUCAGUGAAAUCAUUGUCCCUCCUCAGUCUCCUUAGGAAUCCAGUUACUAACAAGAAACAUUACAGAUUAUAUGUCAUCAAUAAAAUACCACAGAUCCGAGUUCUGGACUUCCAGAAGGUGAAAAUGAAGGAACGGCAGGAGGCUGAAAAAAUGUUCAGAGGCAAACGAGGUGCUCAGCUUGCAAAGGAUAUUGCCAAGCAAACCAAAACGUUUACUCCAGGAGCAGCACUUCAGAUUGAGAAAACAGGGCCGUCGGCUGCAGAUGUUGAAGCCAUCAAGAAUGCUAUUGCUAAUGCCACGUCCCUGGCUGAAGUUGAGCGGCUGAAGGGACUCCUGCAGGCCGGACAGAUCCCAGGACGAGAGCUGAGAUCAGGAGCAUCUAACAUGGUAGAGGAAGAGGAGGAGAUGCAGGAGUCGGAGCCCAUGUGUGAGGAGACGCAGGGAGCAGAGGGAGAAAACGGAGACACUGAUGACGUGCAGGAAGACGUGCAUAUGAAUGGAUCAUAGAUGUGUUCGUUUGUUGAUGUUUCAGAAUCGUUAAUGCUUUUUGAUGCUGUUUGACAGCACUGGUUUCAAUAAGUCUUGUUUUUUGUAAAAUACAUUAAACAUUUUUUUU